AUCUGUGCGCGUAGCCGUUUGUCUCCGGGAUCUGUGCACGAACGGUUGUGUCGAACGCGAUGGGGGAUCCACCCUGGGUACCGUCGUAUUUUAAAAUAAUAAAUACAAGCAAUGGAUACAUUUCUGGAUUUGUCCAGACUCAAAAAGAAUUGGAGAGUCUGCUGGAGGUCCACUCAAGGGCCACACUGACAUCGUUUGUCAAAUGGUCUGAACACAUAAAAGAUGGCACCAAAGAGAGGCAUCUAUGGCAGGUGGAGGAUUUCAAUGAAGACACCCCUCUAUGUGUAAAGAAAAGAAUGGUCCUUGCUUGUCAGCAUGGCAGAGCUCGACAGAAAAAAGAAAAGGAGAAACGUUCAGCAGAGCAUGUAUACACAAAAAAACGUUUUCAUGUCCAAAAUGGGAAGAAGUUGGACUGCCCAGCUAAACUUUUCAUUCGGCAUGUGCUGAGAUAUGACUCAUUCAGUGUGAGAGGGGAUGCCACAAAAUCCCAUAAAGAAGACACUAUGAGAAAUCUUAAGAUAGCACUUCAAAACUCAGAAAACCCACCAACCUCUACAUUCAUUCAUCUAAAAAUUCCUCUAUUGGAAGUUCACAAUCAUACAAUUGGAGCAGGAUCCUGUUUUUCAAGACCGAUCCAUCCAAAACUAAAAAAUCAAAUUCAGGUGAUGGUCGGACAAGGGAUAACUAAUAUAGCUUUCGUGAAGAGAGCCUUGAAGCAGUAUGUGCUAAAUGACUUGUGUGGAGAGGAUCUCCAGCGGCCGCACAACAACGAUGAAGCAUAUUUUCCAUCGAACACAACUAUCCAGAAUCACAUUCACAUGGCAUUAGUGGCUGGUCGUUACUCUGCGCUGGAUCAGGAGAAUCUUGCAAAGAAAGUGGCAGAAUGGAAGGUUGAAGAUGAGGGCAAUCGUUUCUUUUCAUACAUCAGCACCACAAACAAAUACGGCUCCUGCAGCGAUAUGGGGAAAUGGAUGUGUGUAUAUGUUUUGAAGAGUGGAUGUGUGUAG